AUGGCCCGAACAGCAAGAGCGAGAGCGCCGCUCGAGGCCAAGCAGGGCGCUGCUCCUUCCAUUGCUGCCUUUACGCGCGUCUCCAAGAGCCAUGGAUUUCCCGACGCGGCUGCCAAAAAAGCCAUCAUCGCGGCGGACCUGACACCCACGACGCCAUCCAAGAAGCGCAAAGCCGCAUCGCCUUUGGACAACGAUGGCGGCGCAUACAACCGCCGCAAUAUCUCCUUCAGCCCGAGCGACGAGGAAGGAUACGAGACUGCCUGCAUAAACGAACAUGUCGACGUCUCCCAGCGCAAGAAGCGCGACUGCAGACGCCAAGAGCCCACAUUCUCUGCAAAGCCCCAGAAGACACCAGUCAAGCUUGUUGCGGCCCCUACAGCGACCACCAAGGGCAAGCCUGUCGCCAAGACGCCCGUUUCGAGAAAGCAGGCUGCGCAUCGCCCGACCACCUCGACCAUCAUCAGCAAGUCGCGCCAGGACUGCAAGGCUGGCCAGGCCCGGAUCAACUCCUUUUAUACCAAGCAGCAGCAGCCCAGGUCGGCAGCCGACAGUGAACUUGACGCUGCCUUUCCGCCGCACCUUGCCGAGCUGGUCCGUCUGCACCGCGCCUUCCUCACGACGGUCGUCGUGCAGAUGGCGCACACCCGCAGCAACGUGCCCCUCGACAUGCGCGAGCUGGCACCCAACAUUGCACGCGCGUGGCGCAAGCGUCAGGUCACGGUGGAGGAUGUGCGUCGAUGCGUGGCCCUUGAGUCGUCGGAGCGGGACAAGUCGCCAUUUAUCCUCGCCGACUACGGCAACGGCAAGGUGUGCGUGGAGCUGCGUGCGGGAUGCGAUGGUGGCGCCAUUAAUGAGACGCAGCUGUGCAAGCUGUUUGAGGAGAAUCUAAGGAGCCUCUGUACGGAAAAGGCGACGGACCAGAUGGCGGACGUCGAUGUGACUCUCGAGAGUCUCUCGCUGGCGGAGCUUCCCCAAGCCGACUUGACAGACAUGAAGACUGGCGGCAAAACAUUGGCUCUACUAGCCAAGGGACACACAGCACUUUCAGAUCUGAAGAAUGGCAUUGCGGCGAAGCAACAGGAAAAGGAGGUCAAGCAGGCGGCACCGCUCUUGAACCCGGACGGAACCAAGAUGAGCCUCCUCGACCGCCUCCGACACAAGCAGCUGGCCGCCGCCAAUGGGCCGGCUCCGCCAACCGGGCCGGAACUGCAGCGUCGUGCAGCCUUGAACCGAGCGGUGGAUGUGGCGUCCACCAUUUCCAUGCUCAGCCUUUCCAACCCGGCCUCUCUGCCGCGCCAGGCCUUUACCAUGGUCGCCAUUGUCGAGAAGCUACGAGACUCGCUACGCGUGCCCACGUCCAAGGAAGAGGCCAUUGAGUGCAUUCGCCUGAUUGCCAAGGAGAUUGCACCCGAGUGGCUGCGAGUUGUGGCUAUUGGAGGGAGGGAAAAUGUGGUGAUUCAACGAGGCGGCGAGCCGGUCAGCCGCGUGAUUCAGGAACGAGUACAGAAACUCAUGUGA